AAAUCUGAGAACCAUUAGCAGCCUUCCCCCGCUGCUUUCUGUAGAAUGUAUCUGAAAAGGACUCAGUAAUAAUAUUUUGUAAUUGGAGAUUUGUUGCUUUUUAAAACCCGGAGUUUGCCUUGCAGUGUGCAAAACUGAAUAGACCCAUUCACCUCCGCUGUGGGAUCCUGAACUCUUGCGGCACUCAUGUGUGAAAGAGAUUUUGUUUUAACGAGGGAAGCUGAGAGUUUGCUUUGCUUUGAAAUUACUGAAUUCUGUGUCCAAGUCUCUCCUUCUUGCCGCCCUUCUCUGACCCAAAAGAACACGUUGGUGUGAGAUUUCUUCUUUAGGUUAAAGUUGCAGCAGAGAUAGCAACUUUGCAAUCGGGACACUGACUUCAGUGGAAAGAGACGUAUCUAAUGUGUGCCUAGUACUCUGCCUCAAGAUGAAUUCUAAGGGAAUGGCUGUUUUGAGCUGUUGCCUACUCCUCAUUGUUUGGGCUGAAUGUCAACAAGAAAAGCCCUCCAAAGCUACUGCAAAGAAAGUUACGAAAGAGCUGAAAGCCAAAGAAAACAAAUUUUCCAGAGCAGCUGGUAAAAAGGUACAGCAGGGAGCAUCAAAGUUUUUAAAGAAAGGCCAAGCCAAGCCCACGACUACCAUUCCCAGUCAAAGGCAGCCUUCACCUCUGUCUAUUCUAACCCGUGCGGUAUCCAAGGGGCAGUUCCAGAAGGUCACUGACACACUGACGCUGAGGGCAGGAGAAACACUGGACUUGCGUUGCAAGGGAAAAUCGGUCAAAUGGAGAUAUCCUCCUUACCUGGAGGAUGAUGACACCGAGUAUCGUCUCAGAAUUAAAUACUUUGGGAAGCACAGUCAGCUGAUUGUUGUCAAUGCCACUGCUGCAGAUACGGGAGAAUAUAGCUGUUGGUCUUUCCAAUGCUAUGACAGUGAGUGCCGUGAUGGAGAAGACAAGUUGGGAAAAACAUACAUCUUUUUCACAGACCCUCUGGAGUUAUUUGUGCCUACAGAAAAUUAUUAUGAAGUGAUCCAAAUGCGUACAAACCAACCUGCUCUUCUGCCUUGCCAAGUGACAAAUCCACUCGCCAAAGUGACUUUGCACCGGGAAUUUCCACCUGAGAAAGUUGUGGUGGAUGGCAUAGAUAUCUCCUAUGACGUGAAGAGAGGGUUCAUGAUCCACCGGCCACGUCCUUCCCAUGCCGGCUCCCUCUUCUGCAUGGCCAAUAUGGAUGGAGUGAGGCAGAUCUCCACAAAAUAUAUGCUGAUUUAUGUGAACUAUCCCUCCUCAGUUCCCAAACCAGCUAUUCGAGCCUCAACAGCCUCUUUUCACAUUGGAGACAAUUUCAAUGUCACUUGCACUGUAUUUGGGGAACCAGAAAUUGCUGUUGAUUUCACAUGGGAAUAUCCAGGGCAGCAAAUUGGAAGACCGCCUUAUGUUCGUGAACACACAGACUUGGUGCGACAGGGAGGACAGGUGCAGCAGGAGUCCAAAAGCAUCCUUUACAUCGAUGAAGCUCGUACUGUGGAUGAUGGGUUGUAUAGUUGUAUUGCUGAAAAUCUCCAGGGCAGCACCACAGUGUCUACCCGUGUUCGUUUGAUUCAAGCCACAUUGGCUCCCAGAAAGGCAAAGUCUGGGUAGCCACCUGUAUGGUUAAAAGUCCCAUACACUUGGGAGUCCUAAAGCUAAAAAGUUGAUACCAGAGAGAAAACUGGAGAAGGCUCUCAUGCCAUUGUGUAGAAGAAGGGAUAUUUGUAGAUGUUGCUUGUUAUGCAACUAGGUAAUAGGUGUUGACACGUUGAAAUUCCCUUUUCUACAGCCAGUUUUGGUACAGGAGCUAUCUCCAGUUUACACCUUGACAAUCAUAAGAACUGACUUCUUUAAAGUUAGACUUAUCCUUUGUUAGUUACAUAUUAAAACAGCAAGAUGAUGCAUUUUUCAAAGCAGACACACACAACCUGGACAUUGCAGAUGAAGAUAAUCUCUUGAAAUAUUCAGUAGUUUUGUCAAGUUGUUGCAGAGCCUGGAAAUCUUUUAUUUGGAACUGCAGCUCCUCGCACCUCUAGUCAUCAUGUCAAGGAUUGUGGAGCCAAUUUUUAAAAAACUUUCUAGCUGAGACUUGCUAUUGUGAGUCCUGGUGGGGUUCUUUUGAUCUCCACUAUUACAAUGUUAUGAUUCCCCUCAAACUGCCAUGACCACAUCCAUGGAAUCCCUGGACUGGAAGUUUAGGGAAACAUCCUUAGAAUCCUCAUUCAGAGAGCAAUAAGCACUUCACCAGACUACAGAUCCCAAUAUCCUUUAGGAUUUAGCCAUGGCAUUUCAAGUGGAAUCUAGUACUAUAAUAGGUCAGGUGAAAGGGCCAGCUCAUCUCUGUUGUGCCCUCUUUCCAAUGAAAAUCCUGUUUAAGAAAGUCUGAGAUCCCAUCCAAUCUUGAAGAGUGAGCCCUGGUAAAGAUAGGAGAUCACCAAAAAAUGCCAGGUGCCGUAUGCUAUAUUUUAGAGAAAGUAACUGGCAAAACCACAUCUGAUUAGUUAUUUCUUAGGAAAACACUAUGACAUUCAUAGGACUGUCAUAAAUUAACAUGUGGCUAUAAGGCAAGUGCGUGUACACACACACAGACACAAUAGUUGGGGAUGGGGGCUUGAAUUGUAAUAAAGAAAAUAACAUGGAGAGAGUAGUCGUGACACAAAUAGCAUCACAGUCAAAUCUGGACAAACACACACACCUUGCUGUCAUCUGUCUGUAUCAAAACAACUGGGAGAUCAAAUCAUGUAACUUCUGUCAAAUCAAAUUUUGUAUGCAUAGCGUUGAUAAACUUGUUAUUACUUUAA